CGGCCGUCCGUUCAACAAGUUUGGACUAUGCCCCAGCAUGAUCUGCAGCGGCAUCCCGAACUAUGGGCCGCUUUUGUGCAAGGUUGGCAAACUUGCCUUGCGGGCGUCCCGACGCCACCGCCUGCACCGAUUCCACCAGCAGUCCGGCCACCUUUUCAUCCGCAUACACGCCACCCGGUGCCCCGGCAGCAGCAUACGCACACGUUCAGAGUGCCUGUGAACGUCAGAGCUUCACCACCAUCAAGGGCUCCCUCUGGCAGCGUAAAGUCGGCCACCGGCUCCACGUCGUCAGCCCAAUCAUCCACCGGGUUGACAUACAAGGAGAGGAAGAAGCAGCGAAUGGUGGAGUAUCGCAAGGAAAAGAGGAAGGAGCUGCAACGCCUAGCGAAGGAAUUGAAAGCUCAGUCCUUACCCUCUUCCCAGCAACACAGGUUGGAAAAGAAGUCGGGAGAACGGAUAAAGCCACCUACCCCCAUGCCGAGAUCCAAACCACCAUCGGAAGUCUCCAGUAUUGUUACGGAAGACAUUCAGAUGGACAUAGAGGACCCGGUAGAGGGAGAAGUAGUGCCAUCUCCCGACCAUCUCAGUGAGGACAUCGAGACCUUCCUCAAUCCAAUACCACCAUCUGCUCCCUAGAUCUCCUUGCUCUUUCCUUCCCAAUCCUAUCUCCUCCUGGGAGUGUCACCCGCUAUCCUUAGAGGAAGGCGAUAGUGAACACCUCAGAAAGCCCGUUUUCCCGAAAGGGACUUAGCGAUGCUAUAAAGGAGAGGAUAUAGAGGAAGAGAAAAGAAUUGUAUCGACUGAGAUUUAGUUCACCGGUUGCACAGCUUAGUGAGGGAGAGUUGACACGGCCCGUAAUAGCGCACUAUUCAUUUACCGUGAAUCAGCACGUUAUCCGGUCGUGAUUAUCAGCUGUCCACCGUCGCACUCAUUAGUGUUGACGAUAACACAAGUUUGUCUUAUCCGGCGGUCGGUAGAUAGGACAGGUCAGGGGGUUUAGCACCGCGAGACACGUCGGCGACUAUGUA